UGCUGGCAACCUUGUUCGUAGGCGAAGCGUGCGACGUCUUUUCUCUCCUUGAAGUGCCAUUUAACGGAGCCAUGUGCUGUUCGUGUUGCUCAGUUGACGCUGUUUGCCGCUUCUAUUCAGGUUCAUGUACUCUUUCGUUAUGAUCUACCUGUUUGUAAUAGAAGUAGGAGUAUUUGACUUGUUCCGCCUUACGCCUUUCAAGCAAUAUCAAUGGCAGCGCACGACAACAUCACGGCAUCACAGCGCAUGAUAUGUUCAUGCACGGGCGCAUUGACGACGUCCUUUUUCGUCACACCCUUGGAUGUGGUCAAGAUACGGCUUCAAGCACAGCGGAAGCAGCUUGUUAGAAACAAGUGCUUCCUGUACUGUAAUGGGCUCAUGGAGCACAUGUGCUACUGUUUAAAUGGAAAUGGCAAUGGCCCCAAUGGACACCAAGCCAUGAUACCACCAAGCCAGUGGUACAAAAGACCCGGCCACUUCAAUGGCACAUUGGAUGCAUUCAUAAAGAUAGCAAGAAACGAAGGCGUCACCUCUCUAUGGAGUGGCUUGCCUCCAACCUUGGUAAUGGCUGUGCCUGCCACUGUCAUCUACUUCACAGUCUAUGACCAGAUCCGCGAUUUCUUCUCUAACCACCUCUCCGGACACAAGACUGUUUGGGCCCCUGCCCUGUCAGGUGGCCUUGCUCGAGUGUUUUCGGCCACUGUGAUUAGUCCUCUGGAGAUGAUUCGUACCAAGAUGCAAUCCAAGAGGCUUAGCUAUCUGGAGAUUGGACAAGCUGUGAAGAGCCUUGUCAAGACCAGGGGUUUACUAUCACUUUACGUAGGCCUGGGACCAACCCUCCUGAGAGAUGUCCCUUUCUCUUGUUUCUACUGGACAUGCUAUGAGAACCUGAAGCUGUGGUACAAGCAGGAGCAGCCAACCUUCUUGUUCAGCUUCACAGCUGGUGCCGCUGCAGGCACCGCUGCUGCUGUGGUCACCUUGCCAUUUGACGUCGUCAAGACCCACAGGCAGAUAGAGCUCGGUGAAAUGGAAAUAUUGAAAGAAAGCAAGCCUUCAAGCACACUGUCUGUGAUGAGAGAACUUUAUCGGACACAGGGGCUGCGCAGCCUGUUUGCUGGUAUCGUUCCACGUGUAUCAAAGGUGGCCCCCGCGUGUGCCAUUAUGAUCAGCACGUACGAGUUUGGCAAGAAGUUCUUCCGACAGAAGAAUGCUGCUCGUGCAAGUGGCACUGGCUCGAGUGUGUAGGUGGCAAUUCGUGUGAGCUUCACUCUGUCAUGGGGUGAGCUCAUGGUGUACAUAGUGUUGUUGCAGUGCAUCUUAUGAUGUGUCCAGAGGCAUUGUCAAGGCAGCUCUCUGCACGCAAGGUUACUCGACGGAUUAAAGGAGCUGCUUUUUA